AAAGCUAAAAGCGCGAGGGAGGAGAGAGGAGAGAGGGAGAGGGGGGGGAGGAGAGUGAGGAGUAUCAAAAGGAGAAAGAAUUGUAGCUGGAAAGGGGAAAGUAGCGAGGAAAGGAGAAGGGGAAAGGGGUUUUAGCGGAGGCGAUUCGGAAUCCGCAUUUGGAGCUCGAUUCGUGGUGGAGAAAUCUCUAAAAAGAGUUUGUAGCUGCAGGUUGUCUACAAGGCAUUUUACCAUAUGCUGGAACUAUGGUGUGUUGGUGAAUAAAUAACUGGAUGCCUUGUGGCACUUCUUCACUCAGGCACCCAUGUCAUCAAAAGGUUGAGAAGAUAUGGAGCUGCUUAAUGCUGAUUCUCGCCUUCGCAGUACAAUCUAUCAUCGAUUUCUCAUAUUUGCAAUUUGGUUAUGUGGUUUCCAGCAAGUUGUGUCUCAGGAAGUGGUACUUAAACCAAAGUCCAGCGUUCCUGAUAAAUUUGUGCUGUCUGAUCCUCCUGCUGGCCUCUUUGAUCCAAUAGAGAUCUCUCCUGCUGUCAUUCCACGUAAUCCAUAUCCUGUAGAACCACUACCACCAAUGUAUCCGUCCUUUCCAAGCACAUAUGAGCCAAUUUUGACUGGGAAAUGCCCUGUAAAUUUUUCUUCAAUAUCAGAUAUUGUGGAUAAGACUGCCUCUGAUUGUUCUGCACCUUUAGCAGCAUUAGUUGGGAACGUUAUUUGUUGUCCCCAGGUUAAUAGUUUGAUGCACAUUUUCCAAGCCACUUAUAGCAGUGAAUCUAACACGCUUGUUCUGCACCAGGCUGCUGCUAAUGAUUGUUUUUCAGAUGUCAUGAACAUAUUAGCUAGCAGAGGGGCAAACAGUACUAUCCCUACACUUUGCUCUGUGAAACCAUCAAAUCUUACUGGUGGUUCAUGUCCUGUGAAGGAGAUUACAUCAUUUGAGAAAACAGUUAACACAAGCAAACUGCUAGAUGCAUGCAGUGCAGUUGACCCACUUAAGGAGUGCUGCAGGCCCAUCUGUCAACCUGCAAUCAUGGAAGCUGCACUUCGCAUCUCUCUAGGAGGAGCAAGUAUGCUUGAGAUUUCUAAUAUACCUGGGAGUGGCACCACAGUCAGUGUUGUCAAUGACUGUAAAGGGGUGGUGUAUGCUUGGCUUUCUAGGAAGCUCUCACCAGAGGCUGCUAAUGCUGCUUUUCGGAUAUUAUCUGGCUGCAAAGUUAACAAAGUUUGUCCCUUGACAUUUGAAGAGCCUUCGUCAGUUAUCAAAGCAUGCCGUGAUGUGGCUUCUCCGAAUCCUUCCUGCUGUGCUUCAUUGAAUACUUAUAUUGCAGCAAUACAAAAACAAAUGCUGAUAACAAAUAGGCAAGCCAUCAACUGCGCGACACUCUUUGGGUCAAUGCUACAGAAAGGAGGUGUUAUGACAAAUGUAUAUGAACUUUGUGAUGUUGACUUGAAAGACUUCAGCCUUCAGGCAUAUGGGCAACAAGGCUGUCUGCUUCGGAGUUUACCAGCAGACAUUGUACUUGAUAAUGUGACAGGCUUUAGCUUUACAUGUGACUUGAGUGACAAUGUUGCUGCACCAUGGCCUUCCUCAUCUUCUCUUUCAUCCUUGUCCCUUUGUGCCCCUGAGAUGUCAUUGCCGGCGUUACCAAUACCACAGAUGUCUAGAAGCUCAGGUAGCUACGGUCUGGAAAUGAGAACUUUGAUUCCCUUUAUGUAUUUAGUGUCCAGCUUAUUAUUUUAAAAUAUGGUCAUGGGUUUCAAAGUUAUAUCCAGCAGAUAUUGCAGAGGUUGGGAGAUCCCUUUCUUGGGUAGUUUACAUCGAGCAAGUUGAUCCCUUUUUGGUAUAUUUUAAGAUCAGAAUUUUAUUUGGGGAUAUGGUAUGAAAAAUCCUUCGUAGGGACACCAGUGUUCUUGCAAUGAAGAAAACACCCAAGUGAUCCUAAGGAUCUUUGUGAAUAGAAAGUAAGCUGAAUGGGUGUUUGUCUCUCCUUAGAGGCCAUCUCCAUCAUUUUCACUAUUUUUGUUGUUCAAUGGUAACUCUGCUGCGGAGCGUGCAUGGUUGUUGUUGGGCUUGUUGGAGUGGAAAUUCUUGGCAUUGGUGCAGGUUUUCGAUAAUUACAUAUUGCACUCUAAUUGUAAUAUCCUGUCGAUGAUUUAUCUCUAACAAAAUCAUUUUGGGCAUAGUUUCUCCUAUGGUGGUUGGUAUGUAGCUAUAUACUACGGAUAAUCAAAGCGAUA